AUGAUGCAUGCCACGAAUCAUUACACCAUUCGAUACCAUCCUCAGGCCAAUGGAAUGGUGGAACGGACAAACCGUGUAGUGAAAGCUGCCCUUACUACCUUAGUCGGCAACCGUCCAAGAGUAUGGCAUCAGUUUGUCCCAGAACUUCGGCUCCAGAUUAAUUCUGCCAUACAUCGUACUACUGGGGAACAGCCAAUCUACCUCCUGACUGGGCGUCACGCAAAUUUUCCUGUGGGUCUCACCAAUGAAGCCAUAUUUGCAGAGAAUCUCAAUUUACAGGGACGACUACAAGAAGCUCGUCAAGCAGCGGUAGAAGCUUCCAGACAAGCAAGGCAGAUUUAUGGAAGAUACUACGACCGAGGCAAAAAGAUAGUGUUCCAGCCUACAGAGGGAUCCCUUGUCUGUGGUAAAUGGCGUGGACCAGCUCGAGUCAUCAGACGCUUAGGGCCAGUUUCCUUCGAAGUACUGAACUUGGACACAGGAGUUCAACUGAAGGCCCAUUUGAAUCACCUGAAGCCCUAUCGCCCUUCUGAGGAACUCUCCUAUGCUGUCGACGAUGAUGACGAGGAAGGACGUGCAGAUGACGAAGAGGGACGUCCCGGUGACGAGGAAGGACCUGCAAACGACGAGGAGGGCCCUGGAGAUGACGAGGAAGGAGGCGAGGAUGGUACCAACCAGCCAGGUGCAGCGGUCCAGGAUGCAGACCUUCCAGAGGAUCCAUGGGUGUCUGUUCUGACAUCCUUUGCCAGGGAGCCAGAGGAGCGCAGGGAGCUGAAUGUUGCAGCCGAGACGCUCAACGGCAACAAUGUAUAG